AUUGGUCCUUAUAUUAAUUCCAGAACACUUUAUGCCCAAAAGAUCUAACCUUUUCUUCUACUCUUAUAUUGAUUCUCCCCCACUGCCUCCAGUUGAACAUCAGGCCGAGCUCCGCGGGGAGUCGAAGCCGCAAGCCGAGAUCACAAGUUCCGGUGCUUGAGUGGUUAUGCAAAUGCAAGUUCCGAUGGGAGGGAGAGUGCCCACAUGGUUUUCUCGUCGGAGAUUACUGGAAGAGAAGCUCUGCCACCUCCACAAGUGCACCAACCUCAACCAUGUCAACCAAAUCUUUGCUCAAAUUCUCAAAGCCAAUCUACACCAUGAUCUCUUCGUCGCUCCCAAACUCAUCGCCGCCUUCUCCCUCUGCCGCCACCUCACUUCCGCCGUCAACGUCUUCAACCAGCUUCCCCACCCCAAUGUCCACCUCUACAAUUCCAUCAUCAGAGCUCACGCCAAUAACCACUCACACCCAUCUCUACCAUUCAACGCUUUCCUCCAAAUGCAGAAAAGCGGUCUCUUUCCUGAUAACUUUACCUACCCUUCUCUCCUUAAGGCUUGUAUCGACUCUUCCUCGCUUCCCUUGGUCCGAAUGAUUCAUGCCCAUGUUGAAAAAUUUGGUCUCUACGGAGAUAUUUUCGUGCCCAAUUCACUCAUUGAUUCGUAUUCCAGGUGCGGGAGUUCCGGGCUUGAUGCGGCCAUGAGCUUGUUUUUGGUCAUGGAGGACAGGGAUGUGGUCACUUGGAACUCCAUGAUUGGUGGGUUGGUCCGAUUUGGAGAAUUGGAGUGUGCGUGCAAGCUGUUUGAUGAAAUGCCUGAAAGGGAUACGGUUAGUUGGAACACGAUGUUGGAUGGGUACACCAAGGCUGGGGAGAUGGAGAAGGCGUUUGAGCUGUUUGAGAGAAUGCCUGAGAGGAAUGUUGUUUCAUGGUCGACUAUGGUUUGUGGGUAUAGUAAGGCAGGUGACAUGGAUAUGGCGAGGGUGCUGUUUGAUAGGUGUCCGGGGAAGAAUGUGGUGCUUUGGACGACGAUAAUAGCGGGGUAUGCUGAGAAGGGGAAUGCGAGGGAGGCGACCGAGUUAUAUGGGAAAAUGGAGGAGGCUGGGUUGAGGCCUGAUGAUGGGUUUUUGUUUAGUAUUUUGGCUGCCUGUGCUGAAUCUGGAAUGCUUGAGUUGGGGAGUAGAAUUCACGCGUCUGUGAAGAAGUGGAGGUUUAGAUGUAGCAGUAAGGUGUUGAAUGCGUUUAUUGAUAUGUACGCGAAGUGUGGUUGUUUGGAUGCUGCGUCUGAAGUCUUUAGUGGAAUGAUGGCGAAGAGAGAUCUGGUGUCUUGGAAUUCCAUGAUUCAGGGGUUUGCCCUGCAUGGACAUGGCAAGAAAGCGCUUGAGCUUUUCUCUAGGAUGGUAGACGAAGGUUUUGAGCCAGAUAGAUGUACAUUUAUUGGCCUCUUGUGUGCUUGCACCCAUGCAGGACUUGUUAACGAAGGGCGCAAAUGCUUUUAUUCAAUGGAGAAAAUGUACGGGAUCGUUCCUGAAAUUGAGCAUUAUGGUUGCAUGGUGGACCUUCUUGGACGUGGGGGACACCUAGAAGAAGCUUUCACGCUUCUGCACAGCAUGCCUAUGGAACCAAAUGCCAUUAUAUUGGGCACUCUUCUAAAUGCUUGUCGUAUGCAUAAUGAUGUAGAUCUUGCAAGAGCCGUGUGUGAACAACUGUUUAAGUUGGAGCCAUCAGAUGCUGGGAAUUACUCCCUUCUGUCAAAUAUUUAUGCUCAAGCAGGAGAUUGGAUGAAUGUGGCCAAUGUAAGGUUACAAAUGAAGAAUACAGGAAGUCAAAAGCCUUCAGGGGUUAGUUUCAUUGAGAUUGGUAGAAGACCUCCAACAGGUUGGAUCUGUUCCAAUGAUACAGCAAUAGAGGCGAAUGAAAUCAUUGGUUGCAUUAGCAUGCACAGCACAGCUGAUUUGAUGCUUCAAGACAUAUUCCUAAUCAGGUGUAUCGUCCACCAGUGGAAGCUUACCGUAGCAGCUGUAGACAGAUUAAGAAAGGGUAUCAGAGAAACAACAGCCCUCGCUAUUAUAUAUCUGUUCUUGAAGAUGAUAGUGAUGGAAAGCAAUCAGAAACAGAAGAACCUCGCAUUGUAGUUCAAAUGGACACAGAGAGUCCUGUUAUAUACCAGAAGUCAUGUUUGGACCAUUACUUUGAUAAACCUAUACAAGUAAGUGGAGAUGUACGUGUCAUAUUCUAUGAGAAAAUGAUAGGUGGUCGCCUUUUCUACUGCUGUUUUAAUACAGCUUUUAUUAAGAACAGCUUGCUACAGCUCACAGUACAAGAGUUGGACAAAGUUGGGAAGAAGGGAAGCUCAAUAUGUGGUCCUGACUUCUGCAUAGAAUUAUUGUUUGGUCCUGCUAAUACAGGAUAUUCGUCAUCAAAUAUAUCCAAUGAUGAACACUCUAGUGAUGAUUCUUUAUAAUACUAUUUCUAAAAAUCUUUACAUAAUAUGGAAAGUCCAUAUCCAAUUAACUUGUGUAACGUAUUCCUGCAAAAUGAUCCCAACCAUGAGUCCCUCACAGUGCCAUGUAGCAAGUGCAUUCAUUCCUCCAACUGUCUUGCUGUAUAUGUUUUCAUUGGCGAAAGGCAUGGGGAGUAAGUGUAAUUUUUUGUAUUAUGUUAGUCAUUGAGUAGCAUUUGGCUGAAGAUGAGGUUGAGAGCCUUUUAAUGCAAAAUUUCACCAAUUUUCUUGUUGGAUU